CAAGCAGAGCAAAAACGACCGCACAGUUCCAAAAUUGCCCUUGUAACGCCAUCGACGCGUUGCGGAGUCGCACGACUUGUUUCUGAACGCCGCAACCCAAUCCUCAAAGCUCCGGGCCCGCCCGCGCACGCGUUUGGGCACCUCGCCGCCAGAGCCUGUCCCAGGAGCGCGCGAGCGGCAGCGAUGCAGCCGAGCACGACCCAGGUCCUCACCGCAGCAGCUUUGAGCUGCAUGCUCCUCUUAUACCUGCAACGGCGCCGCCUCCCCACGCGAAGGGCCGCGAUCGAGAUCAGAGACGAGGCGACUGUCAUGUUAGUUGCUGAUGUGGACUACCAGCAAAAACGGGUGCUGCGGGAGGUGCACCUGCGUGAGGUGAAGCACUCCGCUUCCAGGCGGCUGGAGGAUGUGGUAAGAGCCUUGGUCGCGGAAGCGCGCGACGUCGGCGCCGAACAGGCCACGGUGUUCGAGCGGCCCAAGGUCUCCGUGGGCACGUCGGUCUUGCGGGCCGUCGAGGACCGCUGGCGGCGGUCGCGCUGCGACGGCGCCUUCGACCUGCGGGUCGUGUCGUUUCUGGCGCAGGCGCCGCCGUGGCUGCCUUCCUAGCCGUGUGUAAGUAACCUUAUCUAUCGCGGGGGACGGUCUCUG